UGAAAAAUAAAUGACAAAACCUGUCACUGUCAAUGCAAUCAUAUGUUUUGCUAUCUAGGUUGUAAAUGAAAAGUAGAGGCCUACGUGACUGAGAAGGAUGAAACUAAGUUUGCCAACACAUCAGAGGAGAUAAACAUCGUGGUUCAUUCUUUUAAAAUUGUCUUAAUUUCAUCAUUUGCAACAAUGUCAUCACCAGGAAAAGAGGAACUAAAAGCUGGACAUCCACCAGCGGUGAAGGCAGGUGGAAUGCGUAUCACGCAGCACAAAAGUCCAAAAUCGGGUGAAAAACCUGUAUUUGAAGAGGGAGAGAUCAACAAUGCUGGACUUAAUGUUGCUACAUGUCCUCCGAAAACUGUGAGCAUAUCCGGGGCCCCAGUUCGCGGAAAUGCAGAUUUCCCCCCUGAAGCCGUCCAAAGUUUCCAUGAGAAGCCAGUCGAUAAUAAGCCAAUCCACUGCGCUACCAAACCUCACAACAUCCAGCAGCCCAGGAAGAUGUAGAUUGAAAAUGUAUUCAAUCUCACACAAAAUCGGUUUUGUUCGUAUGGAAACGUAUUUACUAACCAUGAAGUUAUAAAAAAGUUAUUAAAACAGAAUUUAUUAUAGUGUACAUAGAUAUAUGAUAAAAAGAGCUACACGGUACUUUGAAGAUGAGCGAGCAGACAUUGAUCAUCUCACUCACUCAUUCUGCCUCAUUCUGCUGAAAACUGUUGAUUUCACUUUUGCUGUUUGAUUACACAACGAAUAAAUAUAAUUAAUUUAUACUAGCCUAACCAAAAUGUUCAGAAACAUUGAAAUAGACUGAAUCAAUUUUGUGCUUAGAUCUGACUAAACAAGCUCACUACUGCAAUUAAGAACAACGAAGCUGUGUCCCUUAAAUAUUACUUUUGGAAUAGUUUUUCCAAUUCACACAGACAAAUGAACAUCUACUAUUUUGAUUCCAUAAUAUAGGUUACUUGAUCGCAACCCAUAAGAAGGUUUUGGUAUUCUACUGAUUCAACAUUCAACUAUUCAUUCCAUUUUGCAUAUUUUCCAAGUAUUCUAUUCAAGUCAACUUAGCCAUUCCUUAAUAUCUGCAUUUUUUAAUGAUUAUUCUGAGGGUGAUGCCCAUAUAAGCUCUUGUGCGUGGGUAAAAGUAGAAUUUGAAAAUUAACUAAAAGCUCUUCAUUUAUCAAGGAUGGUGCAAGAACACUUUUUCAACACACUUUGUUCAGUUCUGAGACGUAAUGUUUGUACUAAUAUUCUUAGAGGUUAGUUUCUAUUUUCAUGUAUUAUUCUAUUUUGAUAAAGUUAUUCUGUUUUCUUUUGUCGAGCUCUUUCUGUAUGUAUUGUUGUAUAAUAUACAUAAAUAAAGAGGUGUUUUCAUACCGAA